UAGCUCUGCAGUUAGUGAGAUUUGUUUCUCCCUUAAAAUUUGAGAGUGAAACUGAGGAAAUUCCCUGCAUAAGAGAUGGAGAUGGCCUCCACUUGCAGCAUAUAUCGUGUCUUACUUGAUGUAGACCGGGAUGUUCCUGACUAUGUUCGUGAUGCAAUCAAACACAUGAAAUUUCUCAAAACAUUUCUUAUGUGUGCAAGAAAGUGGAGCCAAAGCAAUGAUUUGUACUUGGAAUCUGACAAUGUUGUGAAGAAGGUGAGUCUUCCAUCUUUCUUAUCUUGCAUUGAAGAUACCUUUCACAAAUAUGAGGAGGACUUUCAGUACUCUCUUUCCCUUAGAUUAGAAACGGACAAAAAUGACUAUUAUACUGUUAAUCAUGGAGUGUUCCCCGAAAUUGAGAAACAGAUCAAAUCACUGAAGCAAGAAAUCAUGCAAAAAAUCAUCCAAAUUUACUUUGCUUUGGCAAGCAGCAGGUCAAAUUCUUGUAUGACAGAUGAUGAGCUGUUGGAAUUCAUAGACCUCAUCCUCCAAAAUCUAGCAGAUUUGACAAAUUACUAUAUGGAUCGGAAAAUUAGUGAAUCGUAUAUUUCUCCUGCUUCGAGUGCUCAAGUCCAAGCCCUUGAAGCAAAGCUGACAUUCUUGAAAAGCUUCAUUCCCUUUGCCAAAAUGCGAGGAACUGCAGAUAUUCCUGCCUUGCUAUUGGCGCACUUCGAAGUGGUGGCUUUGAACGCGGCACGCCUCUGUUACAUGUGUUCUUAUUGGGAUGAUGCUGAGGAAAUGCACAAUCCUAAGUUCUUCUCCAUGAUAUAUGAACAACAACAGAAGAUCAGGGCUGUUGAUUUUCAUGUCUACGAGACUUAUAUGGAAGUACUUAGAGCUUCAUACUGCCCAGCAUCAUUACGUACACCAAGGGUGCAGGAUAAGCAGAUAUUGAACAACUUCAAUGAUUCUCUUAUAGGUUGUCUCUGGGAGCUGUUAUGCUGCAGCUGUAGCUUUAUGGAUUCUAUGAAAGAUGAAAUGGGAAUACUCUAUGCCGGACUGAGAUUCUUGAGAAGCAUUUUAAGGGAGCAUCAGAAGAAAAUGGAUGAACAAAACGAAAAAAUUGGUGCUCUUCUUAGUGAGGCAGGCAUUAUAAUUUGCUCGCCUUCUGUAAACAGAGUGAAAGAAGGAGAAGUUAGCUUCUCAGAGUCCACAGAUGCCCUUGGCUGUUAUGAUAUGCUGGCUAAUACCAACAUCCAUAUCAAGCAUUUUAAGGAUCAGAUCAGUGACUCAAGUACUAUAGAGAGUCUUCCUAAUUCCUCUCAUAGCUUAAGAGCACCAGAAGUUAGCAGGACUUCCAGCCGCAUGCUAUCAAAAGGUAAAAUGCCAAUAGCCCAUGAAGUCAUUGUUGGUCUUGAUGAUGAGGCAGCAAAAGUAAUUGACCGACUUGUAAGCGGAUCAAAACAGGUGGAAAUUGUUCCCAUUGUGGGAAUGGCUGGCCUUGGUAAGACAACUUUAGCCAAAAAAGUUUACAAUGAUAGGAAGGAUGAGUUUCAAAAUCUGGAUGAACAUGCGUUGCUUGAAAAGCUCUAUCAAAGGCUAUUGAAGAAUCGGUAUCUUGUUGUUUUUGAUGAUGUCUGGGACAUUGAGGUAUGGAAUGAGCUGAGAAUUGCAUUCCCCAAUGACAAGAAUGGAAGUAGAAUCAUCUUUACGAGUCGAUUUUCUAAUGUAGCUUCAGAGGUUCAAUAUGGUGGAGAACCUCACUAUCUUCACCCACUCAGUGAGAAAGAAAGUUUUGAACUACUGCUGAAGAAGGUUUUUGGAAAAGAAGAUUGUCCUCAAGGAUUGCGUGGAACCGGAAUGGAGAUUGCCAAAAAGUGCAGGGGAUUACCAUUUGCAGUUGUUGUUGUAGCUGGAAUUCUAGCAACUAUAGAGCAUGAUAUUUUGGUUUGGGAAGAAUUUGCUGAAAGUUUAACUUCGACCACGGUGUCUGGUACAGACCAGUGGAAGAAGUCAUUGGAGCUCAGUUAUGAGCAUUUACCAUAUCACUUGAAGGCAUGCCUGCUGUAUUUUGCAGCAUUUCGAGAAGAUGAAAAAAUUGGUGCCAAGAAUUUGAUGCGCCUCUGGAUUGCAGAAGGGUUUGUGAAAAAAAUUGAACGAAAGAGAUCAGAGGUCAUUGCAGAAGAAUAUCUGAUGGACCUUAUUGGUCGAAACUUAGUUAUGGUAAGUAAAAGCAGAUCCAUUAGUGGAGUCAAAACUUGUUACAUUCAUGAUUUGAUAUUUGAGUUCUGUAAGGACGAGGCGAAAGAAGAGAAAUUUCUUCGGGUCCUGCAAGGAUAUGAUGAGCUUUCUACCUUUAUUGAGCCUCCCAACCUACCUCGGUUGUCCAUUUGCUCCAAUGGAGAGGAUUUUAUAAAGUCAAAGCUAUUUUGUCCAAUGGAUAUGGGCGUCGGUUGCUUAAUAUCUCCUUCCUUUUUUGCAUCUACAAACAUCUUAAAGUUUUGAAUUUAGGGAACAUUAACCUAUGGCUGAAGGAGCUUCCAACUGAAGUCGAAUC